GAAUUGCUGGUCCAGGGGAGAAGUAUAAAGAUUGCCCUGAUUCCUGCCCCUGAUCUGGAAGUCAGAUUACAACCAGAACAAUCAAACUCGCACAUCACAUCAAUAUCCUUAAUGCAAUAACACGACGACUACGUAUUGCCACCACUACCUCCCAGUGCGAUUAUCACCAGCACUCCUCUACAUCAAUUACCUCCUCGACACUUAUUCUUCACAACGUCAAACACAAUGGCCGGUAUCGAACUUCCUCCUUACCUGAUGCGUCAGGCCACCCGCACCAACAGCCGUAUUCCUCCCAUGGCUCGUCGCUCCGUCUCUCCCUUCCCCACUCGCAUGGCCGCUCUCUCCCGCGACAAGCUUCACAAGGAAGCCUCUACAAAGAACCCCGAUCUGCGCCGAUGCCUUGCUCACCACACUCUCCUGAACCGGUCCAUUGAAGCCGCCCAGCAAGACGUGCGUCGGCGCAUGGCAUCCUUCCACCUUGAUGAAGAAGACGAUGAUGACUUCACCACCUCCUACCACUCUACACCCAAUGAGGCUACGGCUGUGCCUCUCAUCCGGGUCCAGAUCACCAAUGCUGUGCGGGCUAUGGUCAAGCGUCGUGCUGCAGAUAGCCAACAGAACAACCAGCUGAAUGGGCUGACGCGGGUGUCGGCAAAUGCAGACAAGGCGGGUGCUUCGAACAACAACAGCAGCAGCAGCAGCAGCAGCAGCAGCAGUAGUAUGAGGAGUCUGAAGAGAGUCCCUCGUGUGGUCUUCGGUCGGCGUCGCUGGCCUUUGUAUGGAGCGGGGCCACUGCAGACUGGAUUGGUUAGCUGACACGGCAAUGGUUGCAGCAUUCAUAGUGUGGCUUCGUGACGGGCUACGGCUGGACCUCGCCUUUGGCAUCCCUGUUUUGUUCUCUUCAUUCAUCGACAUAUUCUUCUACUGUAUUACUUUAUUUUUUCCUCAUCCCUUGGACAGACAGGAU